UUUACGAUCAAUUUAGUCCAUUUCUAUUUACAGUUGCUGAAUUGUUUCUUUCUUCGGUGCUCUCGCUAAUGGCUUUAUCAGCUACAACCUUAUCAUCAUCAUCAUCCUCGUCGUCGCUGCAAUUGAUCAAUGUCUCACACAGAUUCGUCUCUGCAGCUCCUUUCUCUCUUGACUCUACCUUCCUCCGACGACGACGCGUGAAACGGCCACUCGCUUCGUACCGUGGCUCUCAGUCGCGUAGGAGAUACGAAUCGGACGAUCGAUUCUUCUUCGACGGGUACGUUCCCGAUGACGACGACGAAGAGGAUGAUUACGAGAGGGAGAGUAGUGUCGAUCUUCUGGUGAGAUUCUUAACGAGUAUGUUCAAGAAGGUCUCCAAGCGAGCUAAAAAGGCCUCGCGUCGUGUUUUGCCAGCCGCCAUGUCUCCUAGACUCGUGUCUUUUGCAGUAGAUGGGAUAUUGCUAUUGGGUUCGCUUUCUAUUACGAGAGCAUUUCUUGAGGUAAUAUGCGGUCUUGGAGGAACAGUCUUUACGGUUAUUCUGUUGAUCCGGUUGUUCUGGACAGGAGCUUCCUUUUUCCAGAAUUACGGCAACUCUUUUGGACCAAACCCGCUAUAACUUGAAACAUAUAUCUAUCUUAUUAAAACUCAAGUACAAAAUUGGAGUGUUUGGAGACUUGAAUAGGAUUUUUAAAAAUUUGGAGUGUUUGGAAACAUGGAUUGCAGUCUUUUAAAAAAAAAUAUUUUUGUUUGAAAACAAGGAUAGUAGUAUUAAGAAAAAAAAGUAAUGGGCUUAUGUUUUUUUAAAAAAUUGAAAGUUAUCUAGGCCACUUUUAAAAUAUACCAAAAUGGGUCAAUCUAAUUCCCUAAAAAUUUUUUUUCUAAACUAACCAUAAAACAAAAUUUAAACUUUAUAUACAUAUUUCAAAUCAAAAUAAUAAUUCAAAUUUGAUUUAUAUCAAAAAUUGAUUCAAAAAUAUACAUAUAUUCAAAAAUGGAUUUUUACUAAACUAUUUUUCAAUAACCAUUAUAAACAAAUAUUGUCAAUAUAUAUAAGAAAAAUAUAAUACAAAGCCCAAUUUGAAAUACCAACUCAAAUUAUGGUUUUCAUAUUUCAUAUUAAGUUUUAAAAAUAUAAUAUAUGUAAUUAUUUAUAUGAUGGUAUGUAUAAAAUACUAUUAAUUAUAUGAUUACUUAUAUGAUGGUACAUAUAAAAUACGAUUAAUUAUAUGAUGAUAAAAUACGAUAUAUAAUAAUGACUAGGGAUGGGCUUUUGGAUACCCAUACGGGUUUAGUUCUGAUCGGUUUGUAUUUUGAGUUUUCGGGGUCAAAGAUUUCAGCCUCAUUAGAAUGUUUCUAAAUUUUGGUUUGAGUUCGAUUUGGAUCUUUGCGGGUUUGGUUUGGGUUUGGAUAACUAAUUUAAAUUAUUUUUAAAGUCUUAAAUCAUUAUAUAUUUUAAAUUUCUCAAAAUGUAUAAAUAAAAUAAUAUAUUACGUAUAAAUUUGAAUAACAUAUGUCAUAAUACUUAAGCUUAACAUAUCAAUUGGCUUGAUUUAAAAUUUUGGAUACGAAAUCAAUAAUUAUUUUAAGUAUUUUUGGUGAUUUGAGUAUACUUUAACUAUUUCAGAUAUUUACUUUUGACUAUCUAUAUAUAUUUUCAAGUAUUUAAACCAAUUUAAAAGUAUCAUUUUUGAUGUUUUAUAUACGUUAAAUCUAAAAAUAAUUAAUAUAUAUAAGUAUAUAAAUCUAUUUUUAGAUAAAUUCGGAUACCCAAAUACUUCGGUUCGGAUCAGAUUUGGUUCUCUAAAUAACAAAAUUUUGAAUAAUUAGAAUAUUUAAUCAAUUUAUGUUUGGGUUUGGUACUAUAUCUUUGGAUCGGUAUCGGUUAUGUUCCUCGGAUUCAUUUUUCCAAAUCCUAAUAAUUACAUGAAAAACAAAUAUCAACAUAUUUUUCAAAAUAUACACCCGCGCGCCUGCGCGGGUCAAAAUCUAGUGUAGCUUAAGUCAGAUUAUGAGUUUCAGAUGUUUGUUAUUCAUCAUGUUCUUUUCACCUCUAUUUGUAAAGGGAAUAUGGAAGAUAGUUGUGUAUACACAUUCCCUGGGAAGUUAUCUAAGAAUCAAGAGUAAGCAGACCAAUCGAAAAAGAUCUAAAGAGUGUUUUUCUGUAAUUCACCGAUAAAACGAAGAAAGAUAAUCACUAAACCAACGUAUUUAACUAUAGGUAGUCGGGAGCGCAUUAGAAAAUUCUCGUCGAUGGUUGGGUAAAUAAAACUGCAAGGUGCAUUUUGCAUGAUAAUAUAAUAACAUCAGUUUCUUUUAUUUCUUCACGUUCCGUAUCAUCUCAGCUAAUUGUGUUAAUAUGGUACAACGUCUUCUAUACGACUGCUACUAUUCAACGUUUAUUAGUUCGUCCUUGCAACCUAACCGUGUAGAUUUCCAACACUGAUGUAAUGAAAUAACGUGUCCUCACUUCUCUUGGCCUUUUGCCUGAUUUUGUAAAAAGACGUGAGACGUCCAUUUAUAAAUAGCUGUCCCAGCCGAAGCCGUUAGGCCACAAAACCAUUGGGCAAUUUGACUCAUUUGGGCCUACUCGUUAAAUACAGAGUUAACACCUUUCACAUUGUGGUUAGCUGUGGUCAUACGACACACACGAUGAGGAUAAUACAUAAAAGAGAUCGACACCACACGCACCUCAGGACCCCUCUGAGUCAAUAGACUCACUAUAUCAUAGACUUUCAUUUUUCUCUGCACGCGACUUAUCCAAAACGCGGAUUCUACACUUACACACAAAAGCUGAACGAAUAUUCAAUGUUCAUUUUGUACCAAAUCUACCAAUCUUUUUUGUUUGUGACGUAUUUAUAUCAUCAUUAUAUAUACAUUUUUAUGGAAAAUCAGUACGGUAAGCAAAACCAAUGUUUAUGUCUAAUUAUAUAUACAUUUUAUGCUAACUGUAUUUUAAAAUAAUAAUAUAGUAGUGCCAUCUCUUUGGAAAGUAAAAAGUAGUACACUAUAGACCAAGAAAUUUGGAACUAAUACAUUCCGUCAAACAUUCAACUAAUUAAUUAAUACCCUUACAAUUUUAUGCUAUAUAUUUUCGUAGCAACUUCUAAAGUACACAUACGGAUUUAUGGGUUACACAUCGGUGAUAUGAAUGAGUAAUAUUUACGACAAAGUUACAAAAAAAAACAUUUGAUUUCUGUUAGAAAUUUAGAAUAGUAAAGGAGCAUUAGUCACCAAUGUAUACAGUGCAUACGUAGCAAAUUGUGUAGUACUCCUAUUAAACAAUAACCACGUCGACAAUUUUGAUUUUGGCCUAUAGGGGUUUUUAGUCAAUCAUAUUGGAAAUUGUGAUUGUGAUUUGUUAAAGCUAACUUUGAUUUGAAGCAUAAUUUCAUUUCCAAGAUAUUGUUCUUUGCUCGACGAAUCUUGACUUAAUUAUACAAGCUUUGAUUUUAUAGCACAACCCAUUACAUUCCGAAAAAGCAUCCCUAGGUUACGGGUCCAAACUCAAUGUAAGAUAUGGAACAUCACAGAUUUGUAUGUAUUUGCCAUUGGCUGCUAAAUGAUACUUCGUUUUGGUUUAGUUGUCAUUGUAUAAUAAAAUAUUAUAAUUUCAAAAUAAAUAUCUUUUUAUAGUUUUAAUUUAACAUUUAUUGACUUUAUAUUCUGACCUACUUCUUAUAGAUAUAAAUGUAGUUAAGUGUAUUAGUAAUGAUAUUUUUGUUUUGUAAAUAUACAAAUUGAAUAUUUUCUUAAUUUGUUUGUCCAACUCUACAACGAUAACUAAAAUGAAACAGAAAAAUUAUACAUUAAAAAGAAAAACUCGAACUUUCGAUUUAAUUUCUCAAUAGAUUAAAAGGAUAGGCUGACAUUUUGGUGCUAAAAAUUGCCAGAUCAAAAACAAAUAGAAUUGGAAAUAUAAGAGAGAAAAAUAAAGAGAUAUCCAUAUGAUACAUUUAAUCUGGUAAUCAAUAAUACCAUCGAAAAGUAAUAAUUUAUGAGUAUUUACUAUUUAGGAAUGUAUCAUUAAUGCUGUCAUAGGUUUUACCAUGACGUGCAAAUACAAUAUACAUUUUGACCCGGUCGUGUAUAGCUGUCAAAUGGGUGGGCUUUCCGUUGGUUACCCACGUCCAUAUUUAUAUGGGCUCUAAUUGGUAAAGCCCGUUUUCCGUGUGGGUUUUAAAUGGACAGAAAUGGAAAACCACUUGUUUAGUGGGUAAUUAUGGGUUUGGUCAUUUUGGUCGUGGGCCGUCCAAUAUUUUAGAAUUGCUAGGGUUUCAAUUUGGGGAAAAAAAAAAUCAUUUCCCCGAUCUCUCUCUUUUGGCUCUCGAGCUCUCUCCUUCGGCGACUCGAGUCCACGUGGGUUUUCUCUCCGUCCGUCUCCGUCUCGUCUCCGUCCGUCUCGUCUCCGUCCGUCUCUCUCCGUUCGUCUCUCUCCGUCCGUCUCUCUCCGUCUGUCUCUCUCCGUCCGUCUCUCUCCGUUUAGACUCCACCUAAAACCCAAGACAGACACAGUUUUUUUGAUAAACAUUCCAUCUUCUUCGACUGCCUCAUUGACCUCAGGGGUUAUGGACUUGGAGGAAGAUGAACUUAUGGAGCUUAGAGUUAUGAACUUAUGGAGUUAUAGUUUUUAAUUUGUAUGGAGUUAUGCUAUGUAUGAACUUAUGGUUUGUAUAAUUGCACUUAUGGAGUUAUGCUAUGUAUGAACUUAUGGAGUUAUGGUUUGUAUGCACUUAUGAACUUAUGGAGUAGACUAUUUCAAUCUUAUAAAGUUGUACUUGUAUU